UGCGCAGUGCCUCGGGACUCAUACACUGUCAGACUGCAAUAUGGCGAGAAUGCCUGGCAGCGGGGACCACUGCUGUAAAGAUGAUGAACCGGACCCGAUGGCGGGGGAACGGGAGAGAGACGGAGGCUCGGGCGAGGAAGAGGAGGAAGAGAUUCAGGAGAUCCAGAUCACAGGGGAAGAGGGAGAAGUGUCAGAAGAAGAAGCCGAGUUAGAGUGGGAGGUGUGCGGGGAGCCCGACAGCUGCGCUGCUGCCGUGGAAACGGGGGAAGCGGUCCUUAUGCGGAAUACGGACCAGCUCGAGUCGGCGGCGGCGGGGGACCCGGUUUUCGCCGCUUUGGACUCGGGACCCGAGGGAGACAUGCACCGCUCCAGGCUCAGCGAGAACACGCGCCUGGCCACCCGGUACGCGGUGCGAAUCUUCCGGGAAUACCUGACGGAGAAGGCGCAAAGUACGGACUUUGAGAGCAUGGACAAACACGCGCUCUGCAAAGUGCUGCGCUCGUUCUACUCCGAGGCGCGCUCCAAAAGCGGACAGCUGUACAGCAAGUCCUCCCUCAUCAGCAUCCGGAGCUCGCUCAACCGCUACCUGAACGAGCCCCCCUUUUGCCGCACGCUGGACCUCACCAAGGACCCCGAGCUGCGCAGCGCCAACCUCGCGCUCGCCGCGGUCAUACGCAAGCUGGAGGAGCAGGGCGCCGGCCCCGUGGUGCAGAAGCAAGCCAUCACGCGCUCCGACCUGAGAAAACUCUACACUUCGGCCGUGUUCAGCGCCAGCUCGCCGUUCGGACUGCUCAACAAAGUGUGGUUCGAGACUUGCAUGUACUUCUGCACGAGGGGGCGGGAGAACCAGCGCGAGCUCGAGGAGGACUCUUUCGGGCUAGCCGUGGACGAGGACGGAUGCAAGUUUGUGUAUUUCAAAGCGCUCGGGCCCUACCACAAGUCUCGUUCCGCCUCCUGGACGAAAAAAAGAUCGGACACGGACGAUGACAACCUUCCCCGCAUGUACGAAACCGCCACGGAGUUUUGUCCCUACGCGAGCUUCGUAAAGUACCUCUCAAAGCGCAAUCCUCUCUGCAAGGCUUUCUUCCAGCGCCCGCGGGAUCACUGCAGCGAGACCGACACGACGUGGUACGAGAAUAAAGCCAUCGGCAAGAACCUGCUGGGCACGAGAAUGCAGAUGCUGUCGCGGGCCGCCAAACUGUCAAAGACUUACACCAACCACUGCAUCGGCGCCGUCUCCAUAGCAACGCUCAACGGCAUUGCGGGCAUCGGGUCAAAGUUAGCGCCUCUCCACGUCUCCCCGGAAACGGCCAACGGAGGAGCGCACCUGCAGCACGUGCUGCACUGCGAGGACGAGGCCGAGCUCAAACCGCAGAAGGUGAUCAAACGCCCUCGGACCCUCGUCUAUCCGCUAAGCGAUUUGGGGCCGGGGGCAUCGCCGAAAAGACUCUGCGCGCGCACCGCCGUGGAGUGCGCGGACACUCCGACUGUCACCGCGCUAGUCUCCUCUCAUUGCGAAGCCAACGGAGAGAGUCCUCGUAUGCUCCCCUCACAGGAGAAUCGCAGCAACAGUGUGGGCAUGUCGACUCGGCCGAUCUUGGCACAUUCGCCGGUCUCCCCGCUGAGUACAGCUGGCAUCCCCACACCUGCACAGCUCACGAAGUCCAACGCACCGGUCCACAUUGAUGUAGGGGGUCACAUGUAUACCAGCAGCCUGGCCACAUUAACCAAAUACCCAGAGUCCAGGAUUGGUCGUUUGUUUGAUGGCACAGAGCCCAUUGUAUUGGACAGCCUGAAGCAACAUUAUUUUAUAGAUCGCGAUGGACACAUGUUCCGCUACAUUUUAAACUUCCUCAGGACCUCAAAACUGCUCAUUCCAGAUGACUUUAAGGACUACUCUCUGCUGUACGAGGAGGCCCGAUAUUUCCAGCUGCAGCCUCUGCAGGCUGAGCUGGAGCGCUGGCGUUCGGAGCAGGACUCUAGGUACACAUCACGCAUGUGUGAGUGUGUGGUAGUGCGCGUGGCCCCCGAGCUGGGAGAGAGGAUAACACUCAGCGGUGAUAAAGCCCUCAUCGAGGACAUCUUCCCAGAGAUAGGAGACGUCAUGUGCAACUCCGUCAACGCAGGCUGGAACCAUGAUUCCACUCACGUCAUUCGCUUCCCUCUAAACGGAUACUGCCACCUAAACUCUGUACAGGUUUGUUUUAAAACUUCAAGACUGCCAGACUGCACAUUUGCUGGAUUUGUCUUCACCGUGACAGCUAGGAGUGGAAGUGGCUAA